UUGCUGUCCUUGACAAAGGCCUUAGUAUGAACUGACAACUGUCUGUGGUCGAUUGUUUACUCUCACGCUCGAUAGUUAUUUCAAGCCCACUUCUCAUGCCGAACCAGACAGUCUCCCUGAUUACGAGUCGGCGCAAUAUCCAGAAGCGGGAGCCAAUUUCCAAUUUACCAGCCUGGAAAAGGGCCCCGCGAGUUUCGAUGGGACGAAUCGACAGAGUAAUUCAAUGACAGGCUUUGCCACUUUUUAGAGGAGAGAAUCUAUAUUUUCCUGGAUAAUGUCUACCAAUCCACAGUCUACAAAAACUCCAAAAUGGUCCGUCGGCUCCUUUCUGCAGCAAGCGGUCGCCGGUGUCGAGUCGCGUUUGGAUACUAUACUGGCGGAAAAUGACGACCAUAUGCCUCCUGCAGAUGAAAAUAAGAAAGAGAGUAUUACAGAGCAACCCAAUGUGUUCACCGGGAAACUUUCCGCAAAAAGUGCCUCAGCUACUAUUUCAAGAAGCUCCUCUUCUGCUCGGAAGAAUGACCGUCUCCAAGAGAGACUUGCCCGUGCGAUGGUGAAGCAAAGCGGAUCAUCCUCAAACGUCGCCAGCAAUCACUCUUCGCCAGGCGUACCUUCCCAGGCUCCCAGCCCACGUCCUUCUACAGAGAUUAGGGCGAGUGUAGAAAGCCCAAGAAGCAAUCUGGAAAUUUUGACAAGGGCCGACGGUGUAUCUACUCUACUCUCGAGCCCUGAUGUUGGCAACUCGUCCCGCAGAACAUCGGAGGACAUACCCGCAGGCUCAGGGAAAGUGUCUGGAUCCGAGCCGCGACAAUCCAUAAGUUCCGAUAGAGGUACGACUUUGUUGGAUUCAAGUCAGGAUGGGUAUCAUAAAAGACUUAUCCCGACAAUUGGGGUUUCUGCGCCGCCCAAUGAAGAAGAGACAGCGACUGAAGGGGCCUCAUCUCGAUUACAGGCUGAACAUGACACCGCUGAAGUCCAGUGGCAGGAAGAGAUGCACGGUUACAUCGAAAAAAUUGACGCUUUACAAGCUAAACUAAAGUACUUGGCCAAGGAGGCGGCCGAAUCGGCGAAAAACGCGGCUGCCACUGUAACUCCGGGAAGUUUAGAGAAGAAGUUGUUUGAGAAGGACGAGCGUAUAGCUGUCUUGAUGGAAGAAGGGCAAAAGCUGUCAAAAACGGAACUGGAGCACCGCGCGACCAUCAAGAAGCUCCGGCAGUAUAUUGCAGAAAGCACAAAGUCGCAGACAGACGCCAAAAGGCGAAUAGAAAACAUAGAGAAAGACCUUUCAAAGGCAGAGGAUAGAGCUCAACGCUUUGAACAAGCAGAGAAACGGGCUUUGUCGAAAUUGAAUGCUCAGGCGAAAACCGAGGAAGACCUGGGGAACAUUACUACGGAACGAGAUAACUUGAGAGCAGAAGUGGCGGAUCUAAAUUCCCGGCUGAACAAAGCAGUCGCCAGAGCCGAAGCAGCUGAGCGAAGAGCACAAAUGGGCUCAUCGGAAGCUGAAAGCCGACGGGUGGCAGAACUCAAGGAUGACCUUGCUAGCGCCAAAAUUGAGCGCGAAAUAAGCGAAGAGAAAUUGCGGAGAGAGAUUCGAGAUCUAAAAGAAAUUCUUGAAAGGGAAAGAGAGCGUAGCCGAGUACAAGAGAUGGAGCUUCGGGGAGAAUUAUCGGUGUUGGAAGGUAAAAUGGAAACUUUGCGGGCUAGGGCAGAGGAGGUAUCCUCCAGUGCCACGGGCGACGCUCAAGCAAAGCUUCUGCGGCAAAUCGAACGACUACAAACGCAGUACGCAGUUGCGAGAGAAAACUGGAAUGGCAUUGAGAGCUCGCUGGUAUCUCGUUUGGCAAAUGUUGAAAAAGAAAGGGACGAAUUCGCACGAAGGGAAGGUGACUUGCGACGGAAGGUCAGAGAAGCGAACCUGAAAUCUAAGCGUAUUGAAAGCGAAGUCGAGAACUCCCACGAAGCUUUCCAGGAAAUGGAAAGAGACCUAGAAGAAAGUAGACGAGAAGUAAAGAAGUUAUCACAAAAGCUCCUUAAGGCAGAGGCCGACAUUCUUGAAGCGAAGCAAACAUUUGAAACUGAAAGAGAGCGCCAGGAUGCUGCAUGGUCUCAACGCCUCGAAGAGGAGAAGUCGAAAUGGCAUGAGCAGCUAUCGUCCUCGCCGCCAUACCUUCACCCACAUAGCGAAUCACCUAUGACAGCAAACCGGAAGUCUGAAACUCUUGCAACCAUGCCUGACCGGCCUUCAAGCCGCCGAUCGCCAGUGCUCCCCCUUUUCCCUCCUGGACUAAAUACCCCACCCAGACAAAGUUCAUAUUCAUCACUAAAUUCAAGUCUCGGCCUUCGGCAUCUCCCCCAUGACAAUUCCUCGGCGUCCUUGGAGAUUUCUUCCGUGCAGGUGUUAGAGCCAGAGGAGUAUUUCACAGGAGCUAUAAGCCCUGUAACCGCAUCAGCUCCGGAAACCCAUCAGUCCAAGGGGAUAAAUGAUAUAGUCUCUGCUUCUACGGUUGCUGCUGGUCCCUCGGUUCAACUUGUUGAAAGGAUGAGUGCUACGGUCCGCCGUUUGGAAAAUGAACGAGCCGCAUUUAAGGAUGAGCUAGUUUGCAUAACAAAUCAAAGAGAUGAAGCCAGACAGGAAGUCGUUGCAUUGAUGAAAGAAGUGGAAGAAAAAAGAACUUGCGAUAAGCGAAUACAAGAUUUAGAGGCAGCCGUUAGGGACUUAGAUGAAAGAUACCAGACUACACUCGAAAUGCUUGGUGAGAAGAGCGAGCUUGUCGAGGAACAGAAGGCGGAUAUCCAAGAUUUAAAGAAGAUAUACCGGGAGCUUGUGGAGAGUACAAUGAAAUGACCACCAGUAUAUAUAUUCGACAAAUUCAACCCAAGA